CAUAAAAAAAUCAUCUUUAAGUUUGAUUUCAAAAAUAAAUUAACAAAAUAAAAAUGAAAAAACCGUUAGUAAUGUAAUAAUACCGGUGGGGGAUUCACACGAAAGACGCGGAAUUUGCAACGCAGCAUAAACUCCUAAAUGUUAUCGGUUUAUUUACAAUAACGUUUUAGCGUUUUAAUUUUAUCUGCGAGUUUUAUAACAUGAAAUAAAAAGCCGGCGGACAUUCCAAAACCUAACCUUAAAAAAACAUCAUGCUAUUUAAAAUCGUGUUUUCUUCAUUAUUUUUAUGUGUUUUAUCAACGACGAGUUUUCCAAACCUUAUUUGGACACAAACUUGCACCAUACCUAUAGGAAGAGAUAAUAUUACGUUUCAAAACUCUUUCAUCCAACACAAAUAUAAAACUGAGGAUGUUUUUUUCUCAGCUUGCAAAGAUUUAUCUCAAAUAGGUUGUGAUAAAGAGUCAUUUGGCUGCCUCUUAAGAGGGGAUGAAAUAAUUAAUUUUAUUAAUAAAACAGAGGAAACAUCUGAUUAUUUUAGGUUAAAAAGUGAGGGGGGUUAUUUAUUCGAUGUAAAAAUCAAUUUAAGAAGUCCUAAGUAUACACUCAAUGUAAAAUCAAAAAACUUGUAUGAACUAGAACUUGAUCCACACUUCAAAGAAAAUUGUACAAAAACUAUUCCAAAUGGUCGAAAUUUAUUUUUAAAUGAUUUAUACCAAAGAGAUAUUUUUAUGGAAUCUAAAGAACAUGAAGUACAUUUAAAUUUAUGUGAAACAACACCUUUAAAGUGCCCCAAUGACGCCUCAAUUUGCUUGAUUAAUAAAAAAACGAAUCAAUCAACAGAAUGGGGGAAAAUGGAUCAUUUAAGUAUUGAUGAUAAUUCAGGGAAUCUCGUUUUUAAUUAUAAAACUAAAAAGAAGGGUGGAUUACAUUCCUCGAUUAUCUUAAAAUGUAAUUGGACCACUUCUUUGGGGGCUAAAUCCUUUCAAAUAGUAAAUACAAACAAAUUAGAGGUGGUUAUAGAAAGUAAUCUUGGUUGUUCUAAAAAUGAUUUGAAAUGUGUUUUUACAGAUGAUAUUUAUACGUAUGAUUUUUCGAAAUUAUCCCAUUUUAAUGGUACAAAGCUUAUAGGUUAUAAAAAAGGGGAACUUAAAUUAAAUAUUUGUGGUCCCCUUAUGAGUCACAAAACAUGUUUCGAUCAAAAAUCCCAAAUUUGUCUUUUCGAUCAUGAUUUAAAUUAUGGAAGCAUUCCAACACCAGUUAAAAUUGAAAACGAUAUUAUUAAAUUUACAAUUAAAGAUGGUUCUCAAUGUCCAAAAAAUUCCACGGUAAAUUUACAAACAAUUUUUGAAUUACAUUGUUCUUCUAUUGAAGAAGGGCCUAAAUUAAUAAAAGAGAAUGAUUGUAGUCUUGAAAUACAAUGGAAAACACCGAAAGCGUGCCCUAAAGCUAAUUCUCCUGUUGGGGGGCUUAGUUAUCAAAUAAAUCGUUCGUGUUCAAUUCAACACGCUGAUAAAACGUAUGAUUUAACAAUGUUAAGUCGAAGUAAAAGUAAUCAUGUAGCGAAAAGUGGUGAAAUUGAAUUUUUGAUUAAUGUUUGUCGAGCGAUUGUUCAUGAAGAUGAUAUGGGUUGUAAUGAAUAUAUGGCGAUGUGUUUAAGAAAUCGUUCUGAACCGAACAUUAAAAGAAGAUUUUUUAGUCUUGGAAGUGUUAGAUCGCCUGAAUAUAAAAAUGGACAACUCAUUUUAGAAUAUAAAAACGGAUAUUUCGAUAAAAAUUGUUUUAGAGAUGCUUCCGCAAUAAUUUAUUUUAACUGUUCUAAAGACAAUGAAAAUGAACCAACGUUUUUGAAGCACGAAAAUUGUCGUUACGAAUUCCAAUGGAACACAAAGUACGCGUGUCCAAAUGAAAUAGAUUGUGUAAAAAAAGACAAUUUAGAUAACUCAAUAAGUUUCGAAAAUGUGAAAUCAACCUCGAUUCAAAUUAAAUCCGAAUUUAAAGUUUACACAAUCGAUAUUUGUAAAGAUCAAUUUAUAACAACCGAUUUAAGCAAAAACGAAAAGCACGAAUUUAACGUUUUCGCAAACGUCCAAACAAACGAAAAUGGGACUUUUCUCAAAUACAAAUUAGCGAAAUCUUGUCGAGAUAAAACCGACUUUGAUGAGAUAAAAAUCGAAUUGGAUUGUGAACCACUUUUAAAUAACGAUCAUUACGAGGGUAUCACCAUUUCAAAUUGUUUGCUUUAUCUCAAAUUAAAACACAACGAUUUUUGUGCUUUUACACCAACGACACUAAAAACAAUUACUUACGAAGAGAAAAUUUCAAUUAAUAAAGAAAAAAUUUAUCAUUACAACAUAGAACCAAAAAUAAUCGAUUGCACUAUUCGUUUCAAUUCUAAGGAUAUUCAUUUAAACACGCUUCCACCUCUAACUGUUAAAUCGCCGAAUAAGAAAUUUAAUUAUGCUAAUUACACAAUCGGUUCGAAUUCAACAUCGGUGUGUUACCCACACUUUAUUUGCAAAGAAAAUAAACCUCUCGUCACAUUAAAAGAAUGUCCGAACGUAACGACGGAAAAAAACGGAUUAAAAUUGAUGUUUAAUUCAACGUUUGGUAAUAAAAGUGAAAUAUUUUUUUAUUGCAAUACAAAUGAGGAGGAAUCUCUACCGGUAGUUACCUUGGAACUAAAAGAUUUCGUCUCUUUUCGAUAUCCCUUAAAAACAAUAUGUGAUUAUGAAAAUCUAAGUGAAGGUACAAGUUCCUUAUUAAUUAUUGGAAUCGUUGUUUGUGUUAUUAUUAUUUGCCUUGGAGGGGUGAUUUUGUAUAAUAGACGAUUCCUCAGGAGGCUUUGUAACAAAGAUAAAUCAAAUACUUACGUUUAUUGCAAAAAUAGUGAACUUUAAAUAGUAUUAUUUUAU